CUAGCCAGGACUCGGACCCACCAUGAACAGGACGACUUCGCAUGCCAUCUCGAUGGUGACCAGGAGACACAGCCUGCCCGGCCUCUCGAACAGCCGGGACAGCGAGGGAGACAGCAGCUGCUCCAUCAACAUCAACGACAGAUUGAUGAAAAUGAGAACCAGGCUCUCGGCUUGGUUGUAGGCAUGGGUUUGGUCCGCCAACGCGCGAAGGUACCUCGGACGGACGUCAUAGGCCAU